UUUUCUUUUUCCCCUUCUUCUUUUUUUUUUCAAAUUUCCAUGGAAAAUCAUCAACACCAUGGGGUAAUCUCAACGCCAUCACAACAACAGCAACCAUCCAUAUCAACAAACCACAUACAAAAAUCAUCAUCCUCUUCAAGUAAUGAUGGAUUAUCACAUGGCAACACAAUUCCUUCAACAGGCGCCGUACCGACAACAACGACAGGACCCAUCACAAUCAGUAUUGUUGUAGCUUUGACUUUGGUGAUAUGUAUGAUUUUGAAUUGUGGGAGACUUAGGCGACAAGUCGGUCAGCGACGCAAUAAUACACUACCUUCAACGAAAUCAGUAACAUCAGUACAGUCAGAACAACAGCCAUCACAUCAAAAUCAUCAUCAUCAUCAUCGACAGCAACAGCAACAAGAACAACAACCAUCAUUUCCACCAGAAAUGAAUGAAAAGAGAAUUCUACAUCCACCAGCAACUCCUUGGGUAACAUCCUCAACAGUAUCAUCAUCACCAUCGGAUUCACUUUGGUCAUCUAGCUCGACUUUAAAUUCAUCACUACCACCAUUGCAAAAUGAGACUAUACGAAUACAUCGCACGUUGCCGUCUCCAAUUCCUCCCAUUUCUAUUACUGAUCCAUCUCCUCUAGCAUAGACUUACUUAAUCCCCCCUUCUUCACAUCCCCUUCAUCUCUACAUACUCCUUACUUUUUUUUUCAUUCUCUCUGUUUAUAUAUAUAUCUAUAUAUAUUUUUUAUACCCUUUUAUAUUAAAACCAUUCAUUCACAGUAUCAUCCUUGUCAUCAU